CCCUCCCUCCCCCAAUCCCCCAAAAGGAAAUGGAAAAAGCAAAAGCAAAAGCAAAAGCAAAAGCAAAAAGGGGAUGAAAUGGAGUACGAUAACAACAACAGCUUCUCCGAGAAGCAGAAGCCGCAGCAGCAGCAGCAGCAGCAGCAGCGCCACCACCAUCUCCAUCUCCAACCCCUCUCCCUCUCCGCGUGCUUCCGCUCCUGCUCCUCCUCCUUCUCCUCCUCCUCCUCCGCCGCCGGCGACGACGAUCGCCCCCCUCUGAUCCGGUCCCCGUCCACCUGGCUCCGCUCCAAGCCCCACCACCACCACCACCUCCUCCUCGCCUCCUCCUCCGCCGCCGCCGCCGCCGGAGGCAGACACCGCCGCCGCCGCUCCGCCGACUUCAGCGCAGCUCGUUGACGGGGUAAAAGAAGUAAUGUGCACAAUAUGACAGACCCAAAGCAGAUGCUCUGUAUGCAGCAGAGAGAGCGCGAAUGCGGGCUCGAUGCACCAGCACCUAGUGGAAGAAGAAUGGAAAAAGAAAAGAAAUGGAAAGAACAAGCUGCCGCCUCCGCCGCUGGCCGGGAAAGCAUGAAGGGCUCAUAGAAGAGGGCAUUGUUUUUCUUGUAGUACAAAUGUAUUUUCCUCUUUCUUUCUGGUUACUGACAAUUUUCUUGGUGUUCGAAAUUGCUUUUGGAAUGAAAUAAAUGUUCGACUUGGCUUUUGGAA